AUGGCGUCCCGUGAGAUCCUGCGAUUGGCUUUAAAACAAGGCAACGCCUCUGAUUCUGCUCCCUUGUCGUUCCCAGGGCUAGUCUGUUGCCUGGUUACUCGCCUCACUGUGACCUUCCUCCUUGCAGAGGUGCGGCUGGUCAAUGGGCGCAGCCGGUGCCAGGGGCGUGUGGAGAUCCUCUACAAUGGCUCCUGGGGGACGGUGUGCGACGACGACUGGGACCUAGUGGACGCCAACGUGGUGUGCCGCCAGCUGGGCUGCGGCCAUGCCCUCGCCACGCCGGCCACCCUGACCUUCGGCCACGGGCGGGGGCCCAUCUUCUUGGACAACGUGGACUGCCAAGGGAGGGAGGUGGCCCUGAGUGAGUGCGGGAGCCGUGGCUGGGGCAUCCACAACUGUUACCACUAUGAGGAUGUGGCCGUCACGUGUAACGAGCUCUCCCCCACCCGGGCAAGCAAAGGACCAGCGAGCAGAACCGCCACAGCCACCCUGCCGAACGGGAAGAGCGAUGGCAGCGUUCGGCUGGUGAGCGGCGCCGACCCCUGCCGGGGCAGGGUGGAGAUCUUCUACCAAGGGACCUGGGGCACGGUGUGCGACGACGACUGGGGCAUGAGCGACGCCAGCGUGGUGUGCAGGCAGGCGGGCUGCGGCCGCGCAGUGACACACAAGAGCAACGCCUACUUCGGCUACGGCACGGGGCGCAUCCUGUUGGACAACGUGAACUGCGAGGGCAGCGAGCCCCGCCUCUCGGCCUGCUACAGCCUGGGCUGGGGGAUCCACAACUGCGGGCACCACGAGGACGCGGGCGUCAUCUGCACAGGGCUGCGGGUUUCGACGGUGGCACCAUUCACCACCUUGGCUGCCCGGGUCUACGGAGAGUCAUUCACUGCCACUGCCACAGGUAAGGCCAACGUGGCCCGUUCCCGCAUCCGGAGGGACGAUGCGUGCGGAGACCUACAGCACCAAGUGACGGAUGCCGGAGAUCAGCCCUCGCCGGAGACUGAAGUGAUCACGGCGGCCCUUCUGGCCGCGGGCAAGAGAAGUGGCAGCAUCCGGCUGGCGAACGGGAACAGCAGCUGCCAAGGCCGGGUGGAGGUUCUGUACCGCGGCACCUGGGGCACGGUGUGUGACGACGACUGGAGUUUCACCAACGCCCAGGUGGUCUGCCGGCAGAUGGGCUGCGGGGUGGCAGUGGCGGCCACCGUCCUGGGCUCUUUUGGUUACGGCACUGGGCCCAUUCUUCUGGACAACGUGGAUUGUGUCGGCCGGGAGGCUGACCUGGCGAAUUGCUUUCACCUGGGCUGGGGGCAGCACAACUGUGGGCACCAUGAGGAUGCCGGCGUCAUCUGCAGAGCGCGUCUCCUCUCCCCGCCUAUCUGUCUGGGUCUACCUCGCUCCAGCCCAGUCACUCACGCUCCACGACAUCUGCCCCCGAGCUGGAGACCAGAGAUGUCUGAUCAUUGUUCUUUCCAUCCAUCCUUUGCUGGAGCAGGUGUGGACGAGUCCGGAGAUCAUUUCAGAGAAGAUGCUUUUGCGACCGCCACCUCAGCCACAACCCGUCCCAAGGACGGAUUCCUGCGCCUCGUGAACGGCAGCCACCGCUGCGAGGGCCGCGUGGAGCUGUUCUACCUGUCCCAGUGGGGGACCGUGUGCGACGACGCCUGGGACCUCCGGGACGUCGCGGUGGUGUGCCGGCAGCUGGGCUGCGGGGGCGCCCGGGCCGCCUGGGGGGAGGCGCGCUACGGCCCAGGCACCGGCUACAUCUUCCUCGACAACCUCAAGUGCAAAGGCGACGAGCCCUCCCUGCUGCGCUGCUCCCACAUCCGCUGGAACGUGCACAACUGCGACCACUCGGAAGACGCCGGCGCCCUCUGCGGGCUGCUAUGACCGGCUCUGUGCCCACGGCUGCUCAGAGAC